AUGGCAAAGAAGCAGACAAAGAAACAGCAGAACAAAAACGAAAGUAGCAUUUCGGAAAGUGAGCACUCUGCCACAGAGAGCAAUGCCAGUACUGAGGCAAGCAGCACUGAGGAGAGCAACAACGUUAAGGAGAUGAGUGCUAGCGAAGAAAGGGACGAUAACUCCGAGGAUGUGAGUUCUGGAGAAGAGACUGGUGAUGCAAGUACGGAGGAGGACAAGCAACAAAAAGCAAAGCCGGUUAGGAGUGCGGGUCUGGAGGAUAAGGAGGAGUUGAGCUGUGCAACCUCUUCUGAUGAGGGAAAAGAUACAGAACAUAAGGAAAGUGAGUCUGAUGAGGCGAGCAACGUUAAAUCUGGCGAUGCGGAGGAACCGCGUGCGAGUAAGCAAUCGGAUAAGUCUCAGGCGGAUGAUGCCACGGUGUUUGUCAAGGGAUUUGACAGAAGUGUUACUGAGCUAAUGGUUGAGGAGGAGUUCGGUAAAAUUGGAAAGGUAGUGAACGUGCGCAUGCCGAAGGAUCGCGAUACAUCUGAGAACAAGGGUUUCUGCUACGUAGAGUUCAGCAAUGCACAAUCGGCGAAGAAAGCUUUGUCCUACAACGGAAAGACUCUGCUUGAUUGCACCAUAGUGAUUGAUACACCGAAGAAGACCGGAAACUUUACUCUGUUCGUGAAGAACCUGCCCUACACAGCCACCGUUGAGGACAUAAAAGAUGUUUUUUCGAAGUACAACGUGAAAAAUGUUCGGUUACCGGCCGAUGAGGAUGAGGAGCGCAACAGAGGAUUUUGUUUUGUUGAAUUUGGAAAUGAGCAGGACAUGAAGAAGGUGUUGAACGGUAAGUUUAAUAUGGAAGAGAGAAAAUUGUUCAUCAAUGAACCGAAGGACAGGAAAGAUCGUGGAAAUGGCGGUUUUAACAGGGAUAGAAGAGAUGGCGACAAAGGGUUCGGCAGAGGCAAUAAUAGAGAGAGACGAUUUAACGACCGGGGAGGAUUCAAUAAAAACGAUAGAAGGAAUUCUAAGGACAGGGGAAGUAAGAGGUUCAAGGAGAAUGAGAAUAAGAAGAUAGUUUUUGAUGACAAUAGUGAUUAAUUAAAUUAUUGAUUGGCGGUA